AUGGAAAACAAUAGAACCAAUAUCACAAAAUUACUCAAUUUCCUUAAUCCAAAUAAGAAAAGUUCUUCAGUAUCCCCUCAACAAUCUUAUAAUCUUGAUUAUGAAUGGAGUGCAGCAAUCUCUGCUCUAGAUUUAUCGGCUUCAAUGCAAAGACGUUCCUCGGUCUCUAAUUGUCAUGAAAAUAGCAAGAAAAGACUUUUGAAGGCCAAGAAAGCUGAAUACGAAGAGAAAAUGCAGGCGUUUGAUGAACUUAUUAGUAAGCGUCGGGGAAAUAAUUUGAGGAGCACACUUGCAUAUGACAAUAACAAAUCUGGACAAGAGUUAUUAAAACCAAUAUUUGAAUUUAUUGAACUAGUUAUUUGGAAUGAAUUGGAAAAUUGUAAAGCAUUUGGAGUUAUGGUUGAUGGAA